UUCACAGCUGAUUUGAUCUACAGAAAAAUAGGCGACUCUGUUGCCCUGUCCCCAGGUCAAAGUUUCCAUAUCAGUAGCGUAACGUGGAAGCGCCAAACGGACCUCGCCUUGCAGUGGUUCGGCGGGAACAUUACUUGUUACAGAUAUUUUAAGGGUCGUUGUGACCUGGACAUAGGAAGUGGAAGUUUGAUUAUCAACAAUCUGACGUUGGAUGACAGCGGCAGCUACACCUUUGACAUAAACAACAGCGUUCUUGACAAAAAGGAUCUCCGGGUUAUCAAACCGGUUCCAAAACCCACGGUAUCUGUGGACUGCAACAAUGAGAAGACCGACUGUAAUCUCACCUGUGAAGCCAACAUCACCUCUGAGUUUGGGCCUGUCACAUAUACAUGGGAAACAGGAGACACAGAGCUGUCCAACGACAAGGAGCUGAGCUUAACAACGGACAAUAAGGAGAGCUCCUUCUCCUGUAUGUUGAGAAACCCCAUUAGCACCAACUCGAGUGAAGAAGAAUCAAACCUGGUGAGAAGGGAGAAUUUUAAAUAUACUGCUGACUGUAAAGCUCCUGAUUAUAGCACUGAUUCUGGUUGGGACUGGCCUCUUUGCUGCAUGCAAACAAACACGUGUCACAUAUUGACUCACCUGCUGAAGAGUUGGAUCCAAAGCAGCUCACAUUUCCUCCGCCGCCAAUGGAGGACUAUGAAAACGAUGAAGAUGAAGAGAACUUCAUGGUCCGUCGUGACGAAGACCUUCCCUGGGCUCCACGCAGUUAUUUAGACAAAGUGGUUGCCGUUUACAGCUACAGCGGUAGCAAAGACGAUGAGCUCUCCUUCCAGCAGGGGGUGAUCAUCUACGGUCACCAAAAUGAGCG